AGGCGCCUGAAUUUUUAGAGUUUGCUUAGUCACGCUAGCUCGAUAUGAGACAAUCCAAAUCCUCACUUCUGAACCGAACAACAUCAGCGACGUGCUCAAGUGCUGAGCACGCGCUGCACCACUGAGGACACAGGCGGUAUACCGGAUCGCUGUCGAGAUCAAGACUAAUUGUGCGCUGUUGCGCAGGCCACUCGCGCGUACAAGAGAAUCCCAAACUCAGCACCGCACUGAAUUUGCCCAUCGAUUCACCAGCACGGACAAGUUUUCUGGCCAGCCAUCAUGUUUCGCGGCGGCCGCGGCGGUGGUCGCGCUGGCGGAGCAGGUCGUAUUGGAGCCAAAGACUUCGAGAUUGAGGCGGACCUCGAAGAUGAGAUUACCGCCUACCAGAACGAAAUUGGCGAUGGCGACGACGAGUGGACCAAGACGCUGUACCCGGAAAUGAAAGUCUACCUUGCACCGCCACCCACUGACCGCGAGAAGAAGCUGGUCAGCUACUUUCGUCAGCACCGCAAUGCCAUGCGCAAUGGGCCUUUCUUCAUGGACGGACCAACAAGCGGCAAGCGAAACGCCGCCGAGUUUAACGCUUUCGAGGACGUGCCGUCGUAUGCAAAUAAGCGCAUCAGGAGAACUGGUGGAAUGCCGAACUUGAAGAAAUUGCCAAUCGUGAAGGAGCUUCUACCUCGAGAGUUGUGGGAUGUCAUCAGUGAUGGAGAGGAAAAGGAAGAUGGCGAGGCACCGAAGAAGAACCUGAAUUUCCUCAAGAAGAAGCGACUCGACAAGCUUGCCCAGUUCGACGACGACGUCGAUGAGACAGCCGACAAGGACGACGACGAUGAGAUGAACGAAAAUGAGGAUGGCGGCGAAGACGAUGUCGAGGAGCUGCGUGACGACGAUUUCUCGGAAGACGAUGACGACCUUGGGAAUGACUACAACGCCGAGCAGUACUUCGACAACGGAGACGAUAUCGACGACGAGGGAGAUGGUGACGGCGGUGGAGAAGAUGCAUGGUAAUACCUGGAGCGGUUUCUUCUCAUCUCUGGAUCCGAUCUGGCAUUUCUCUUCUUUCUGUUUCUGCACUACCAUCUUAUACCCCAUACCGCGAACAUUGUGGAAAGGACAAUAGUGGAAGAAUGCACGCAAACGGGAUUCGAUCCCGCAUGACAAGACUCUGCCAGGCCAGAAGUCAUGAACGCGCUUUCGAGCUUCAGUGGUGCAGAGCACAUAUGAGCCAAGCAACUCACUACACGCAGCAGAUGGCCAACUCAGAUCAUCAACGAAAUAUCUGGUUUUCACGUCCUCCUCUAGCUCCCUAUCAAUAUGCCUAGAUCUCCGUUUUUCCGAACAAUAUGUUACCGCAAAGGUGCCAUGGACUGGACUAAUACGAGAUCAGUGCUCCAACUCCCGCAGUGACCGGAAGCGUGUCAGUGGAAGAACCAGAAGACGAAAGCGACGAGGACCCAGAAGUGCCAAUUGACGAGAACGAACUCCCUCCUUUCGACGAGGCAGAGCUCGAUGAAGAGUUCACUCCGAUUGAUGAAAGCGAAUAUACCGGCUGGUAUUCCAGUCUUCAAUGGAAGCACAGUGGUCAAGAUCCAUUCUCAGCUAGAGAUCGUGCUUCUGCUGCCGCCGAUUACCUCCUUCGCAGACGGCUGG